UGCGAUGCAGACGCCUCCUCGGUAUGCCAGACAGCUAUCAGGUCAAAAACACUCAAAUCGAGUCUCAUGCUAGUAUGUCUAUGACUUAGCUUUACUGGGGUGCUGACAAAAAACAGGCUGAGCAUCCUGCCUGUUUACUGCACUACGUGAGACUUGUGCUACGACUUAACCAUAGCCGUCACGCCAUAGUCCGCCGAGCGCCAACCGCCCGCAAGCUCGCGGACGUAGGAACAGCAGCAGCACAGGAAACGUCGCCGCCGCCGCGCGCGAGGCACGCCCAGCUUCCCAGCGCGCGCCGGCACUGCUCAACAGGCAGCGUCGCCGCAGGACUAGGAAACAAACAGCCGCAGCGAUGGCCGACGACGCCGACCAAGAGGAGGCCGCGCCGGAACCUGUGAUCGAGGGCCUCACGGAAGAUGCGGGCGACGGCGAGGAGGACCCCGAGCUCGAGGACAUGAAGCGGCGCGUCCAGGAGAUGGAGGAGGAGGCGAACAAGCUGAAGGCCAUGCAGCAGGAUUUGGCCGCCGACGGUGAUGGUGGAGAGGAGAAGAAGGCGUCCGAGACGGACGAGAAGAGCAUUUACGUCGGACAAGUCGACUACGAAGCGACGCCGGAAGAGCUCCAGGCCCACUUCGCGAACUGCGGCACCAUCAACCGCGUGACGAUCCUCUGCGACAAGUUCACGGGUCGAAGCAAGGGCUUCGCCUACGUUGAGUUCGAAGAUAGCGCCGCGGUGCCCGCCGCGAUUUUACUCGACAACUCCAUCUUCAAGGGCCGCCAGCUCAAGGUCUCGGCGAAGCGCGUCAACGUGCGCGGCAAGGGCAAGGGCAAGGGGCGCGGUAGAGGUAGAGGCCGCGGGCGCGGCCGGCGGGGCAAGGGGUACAAGGGCUACCGCGGCUGGUAGCUUCCUUUUUUAAGUUUGGUGCCGAAUA